GAUAUGAUUUCAAUAAUCGAAAUAUCUCGAUUAUAUAUCUCGAUUAUGCCCAUCACUAGUUGAUAUCACUAAAUCCAAAAGUCAUAUUUUUCUGUAGUUAAUUUAGUUAAAUCUUUACUGAUAAAUGUUUUUAAAAUUGUACGUUUUGAAAAUAAAGAAUUUAAAGUUAUUCGUUUAUUUAAUGCUCUAAAUUUUUAAUUAAUGAUGUCUGAUAGAAAUACAAUUACAAGAAAACAAUUUAGACAUAGAUUUUUAAAAAAUGAACAAGACGUUUUUACACACAAUGCCUGGGAUAAUGUAGAAUGGAAUGAAGAACAAAAAAAUCAAGCUAUAACUCAAGUGUGUGAACAUUUACAAACGAAAAUGUCUGUAGAAGAUGCAAACGACUUGCAAAAUAAUGCUGACCAGAAUUGGGAAAAAUUUUAUUCAAUACAUCAAGAAAAGUUUUUCAAAAAUAGAUGUUGGCUUUUUACUGAAUUUCCUGAAAUAACUGCGCUAUAUGAAAGAGAAUCAAGUAAUCUACUAGAAGUGGGUUGUGGAGUUGGAAAUUCAGUUUUUCCUAUUUUGACUCAUUAUGAAAAAAAUAAUGUACAUGUAUAUUGUUGUGAUUUCUCCACCAAUGCUAUUAAUAUACUAAAGAAUAAUCCAGAAUAUGAUGCUAGCAAGUGUACAGCAUUUGUUUGUGAUAUAACCAGUGAAGAGUGGAAUACUCCUUUUGAAUUAGAAAGUCUUGAUAUUAUUUUAUUAGUUUUUGUUCUAUCAGCAGUACAGCCAAAUAAAUUAAAUCAAACCAUUAAUAAAUUUUACAAUUAUUUAAAGCCUGGAGGAAUGAUAUUGUUUCGUGACUAUGGUAGAUUUGAUAUGGCUCAAUUAAGAUUUAAAGAAGGAAGAUGUAUAUCUGACAAUUAUUAUAGUAGAGGGGAUGGAACAUUAGUGUACUUUUUCUCACAAGAUGACUUAAGGAAACUUUUUGUCAGUAAUGGUGGUUUCCAUGAAAUUCAAAAUAUUGUAGAUCGACGCUUACAAGUAAAUAGAGGUAAACAAUUGAAAAUGUAUCGUGUUUGGAUUCAAUGUAAAUUUCAAAAGCCUUUAACAUAAUAUUUACUAAAUAAUUAAGAUGUAUAUUGAAUAAAAUAAUAUACAUAUAUAGUAAUAAGUAUAUUUUUAUAUAUUAUAUGAUUUUUAUUUUUGUACAUUUCAAACAUAAUGUUUGUUGAUAAUUGCAUAUUGAUAUAAGUUGUUUAUAAUAUAUACAUUUUAUUUAUGAUAAAUAAUAAAAACUUAAUGAAAAAAAUAUUUUUUUUAUUAUUAAUAAUUUAUAUCAAUUUUUACUAGGUCCUAUGUAACUAAAUACUUAGAUAUAACUCUAAGGAAAUAUUAUUUUAAAAAAAACAGAGACUAAAUGAGUUUCUUUUACAAUAAGAUGUAUGUCCUAUUUUUUCAUAUAAAGUAAUAUGUCAUAAAGAAAUUUGCCAAGUAAAAACAUAAUUAAAAAAAAAAA